GCAUUUUCGACGCCCCACAAAACCUUCCCCAAGUUAUAAAAUCCCUUGAAUCCCAACUCCGCGUGACAGCCUCCCUCUCCCACCACCUCCUCUGCCUCCACUCCAAAAAAACAAUGGGCAGAAGGAAGCACCAGGAACCGGAGACUGCCACCACCCAGAACAACAUUGUUUCUGCUUCUUCCGACAUCUUAAAAUUCCUAUUCAGCGGCGCCCAUCAAACCGCUGCUACCUUCUCCCUUUUCUCCGAUAGCAACCCUUUCAAAAGAAAACCCGAUGACCCAAAAUCCAACGAAAAACCCAGCGCCAAUGCCGAUAUUCAAGACCCUAAUUUCAACUGUACUGCAAUGAAACUAAAAAAGGUGAAAACCCAAAAUCCAAAUUUGGGUCUUGAGCCGAAAGAAGAGAGAACGUUAAAUGAGAGUGGAAGGAAGAGAAAGAAGAGAAAAAGAGAUGAUCUUGAGAGCGAAUAUGAGGCUAAGAAGUACGGUCCAGUGGUAAAUAAUGAGGAAAAUGUGGGUGUUGUUGUUGGCGCGAAGAGGAAAAAGGCUGAUGAUGCGGCGGAUGUGCUGGUUUCAAAGGAGAGUGAAGGUUUUGACGAUGAGAGGAAGUUAUUAAGGACUGUGUUUAUUGGGAAUUUGCCUUUGAAGGUGAAGAAGAAGGCACUCAUUGAGGAAUUUAGUAAGUUUGGGGAGGUUGAGUCUUUGAGGAUCCGGUCUAUGCCAAUUACUGAAUCCAAGAUACCCAGGAAGGGAGCUAUUUUGUUGAAGAAAUUUAAUGAUAAUGCUGACAGUGUUCAUGCAUAUAUUGUUUUCAACACUGAGCAAUCUGCAGAGGCAUCUCUCACUCAUAAUAUGGCUGUGGUUGGAGGAAAUCACAUUCGUGUAGAUAGGGCAUGCCCACCUCGUAAGAAGUUAAAGGGGGCAGAUGCUCCCCUUUAUGAUAACAAGAGGACAGUUUUUGUUGGUAACCUUCCCUUUGAUGUGAAGGACGAAGAAAUUUAUCAGCUUUUCACUGGUGUUAAAGAUCUUGCAUCCAGCAUUGAAGCUGUUCGGGUUAUUAGACAUCCUCAUAUAGGUCUGGGAAAGGGCAUCGCCUAUGUGCUGUUUAAAACAAGGGAAGCUGCAAAUUUGGUGAUCAAGAAACGAAAUUUGAAGCUUCGUGAUCGAGAGCUGAGAGCAUCUCAUGCCAGGCAGGAUUCUACGCCAUCUAAGAGAAGGAACUCAUUUGCAGGAGAGACAGCUAAUUUGUCAAACAAGAAGUUGGCAACAGAUUCGAGGACUCCUGAUCGCAACAACAGGCCAGAUACAAAGGCUGCCAAGUCCUAUCAGGGCUUGCGUGCUAGCAAAUCUGUUAUUGAGAAGAAAGUCCAUGCUCCCGCAAAUGCAAAACGCAAUGGAACAGCUAAGGUGAUAUCUAAGACUCAAAGAGAAAAGCGUCAGGAGAAAAGGCCAGCUGUUGCUCUAAGAAAGGCAAAAGCUACAGCACUCAAGGAUGGUGGUGCUUCAGGACCAGCCAGGAAAAAACGCAAGCUAGAUAGCCGGACCCCAGACACUUCCAACAGAAAGAAGAAAGCCAGGAAAUUUGGGUAGGAAGAGGAAGAAAAAGCCUUCGUAUUAUGGGCAAUACCUAAAAGUGCGAUAGAGGGCCCUUGGCUGCAGCUUUUACAGUUUGAGCGAUACAUUUGUUUUUUUUUAAAUAAACAUUUUAAAUUGAUAUUUUUUAUUAUUUUAAUACAUUAUAUUAAAAAUUAAAAAUUAUAUUUUAA